UUAAGAUCAUAAAAUCGAAACCAAAUUUUUUUAUUGAAAUGAAAAGCGGUGGGUGCACGAUUAUGUGAUAUUAAUUGCGACCGAAUAUUGAUUUUCAUGCGAGAUUAAAUGGCUUGAUUGGUUACUGCAAGAAAGCCAUAUUCCUCCUAUUCCCCAUAAAUUAGCUAAGCACAAACUUUCUGCAUAUUUAGACAGCAGCCACCAUGACUAGCAGAGGAGUCAUGACAUGCAGAGCUGCUGUUGUAAGGAAAUGUCGGGAGGCGCUUGAAGUGGAAGAGAUUGAAGUUGAUCCACCUAAAUCAUCUGAAGUUCGGAUUAAGAUGCUUUGUGCCAGUAUUUGCCACACCGACAUCCUUUGUUGGCAAGGCGUCCCCCUUGUACUAAGCACUAUGAAUACUUUGAUUACUAGUCCUAUGUUCCCUCGGAUUCCUGGACAUGAAGGAGUUGGUGUAAUCGAGAGCGUGGGCGAAAACGUGACGAAUCUGAAGGUAGGAGAUACCGUAAUGCCACUCUAUCUCGGAGAAUGUGGAGAAUGCUCAAACUGCAUUUCGGGAAUAACAAAUUUGUGCCACAAAUACCCCUUCAAUUUCAACGGCCUAAUGGCCGAUGGCACAUCAAGAAUGUCCGUUAAAGGGGAAAGAUUAUACCACCAUUUCAGCUGCUCAACUUGGUCAGAGUAUGCCGUAAUAGACGCAAACUAUGCAGUGAAAGUUGAUCCGAGAAUCUCACUUCCCCAUGCUAGUUUUCUUUGCUGCGGUUUCACUACAGGCUUUGGAUCAACCUCGAGAGUAGUCAAUAUUCACAAGGGCUCAACUGUUGCUGUCAUUGGCCUCGGUGCUGUUGGACUUGGCGCUGUAAAGGGAGCUCAGAUGCUAGGGGCCUCGAAAAUAAUAGGAAUAGAUAUAAAUGAGAAGAAGCAUGACAAGGCAAGAUUUUUCGGUAUUACGGAAUUCAUAAAUCCAGAAGUUUCUGGUAAAUCUGUAUCGGAAUUGAUCAAAGAAGCCACCGGAGAGUUAGGCGUUGACUACUGUUUCGAGUGCACUGGCGUACCAGCACUACUCAACGAAGCCAUAGAGGGCUCGAAAGUGGGAACUGGAACAGUGGUGUUUAUUGGUGCAGGGGUUGAGAAAAGUGGAGAGCUGAAUUAUAUUCCACUCUUGUGUGGUAGAACAGUCAAAGGUUCAAUCUAUGGUGGUGUAAGAACUCACACAGAUCUUCCUUCAAUUGUUGACAAAUGUGUUAACAAGGAAAUUGAUCUUGAUCAGCUGAUAACUCAUGAGAUUUCACUUGCUGAGAUUAACAAGGGGUUUCAGUACAUGAAGGAUCCCAACUGUAUUAAGGUUGUCAUCAAGUUUUAACCCGAAUUCUGAUUGGUCAGCAAUAAUUAUGUACUUGAAUUAAAAUGAAUAAAUAAAUCAAUCUAUAUAUAUAAUAAAUUUCAUAGUCAUUGAUCAACAAAUAAUGAAAAUAGUAUUUGAUAUAAUAAAUCACCCUUUUUACAG